AUGCAGAGAGGUAGAAGAGAGGAAGAGGUAGGAGUGCGGUGGGCAGAGGGACACCUACCUCACAUUCUUGCCGCGGCCCUGCCUUGGUAUUGUCCUAUCGAUAAUUAUCGCGAUAUUUCCAACGCCUACUGUAUCCCAUUCGGCUACAGAUUUAAAAUAAUACCAAUACUAAAUACGGGACGAGAUGAGCUGCAAUGGCGUGGUGGGCUUAGCGCCUUGGGUGGUCCCCAGGGAAAAACUAGACGGUUGAGCGUAGUGUUGCCCAAAUGCGAGACCGAGACGAGUCUUGGUCUUGCAAAUUCAAUCUUGUAUUCGAACAUAAGGAUAGGACCUGUCGUUAAGAAGGAUGUAAUGAAAGCUUCCAUUAUGUUGGAACACGAUAGUCAGUAUGCUGUGAUACUCGCUUUCGACGUCAAGAUAGAGCGAGACGCACAAGAACUAGCUGAUAAUUUGGGAGUGAAGAUCUUCCAGGCCGAUAUUAUUUACCAUCUCUUCGACAAGUUCAUGGCCUUCAGGGAAGAAUUGAAAGCCAAGAAGAGGGAAGAGUUCAAGUCCAUCGCCUUCGUUUUCAACUCGAGGGAUCCGAUAGUGUGUGGUGUAAUUGUGGAAGCUGUUUGUCGAGCUGGGUAUCGUGACGAGUAUAGAGAACAACCACAAGCCGGUAGAGAGCGCCAGGAAAGGACAGGAAGUGUGUAUCAAGAUCGAACCGAUACCGGGAGAGUCGCCCAAGAUGUUCGGAAGGCAUUUCGACGAGAAAGACUUCCUUAUCAGCAAGGUAGUUCUCAUCUUGAUUAUCAAUAUUGUUCCACCCUUCUCAGAAGGCAGGGAGUGGGCAGGUGCGAGGGCGCACCCUCUCGGCCGAAAAAGGAGACGGGUCACCAUCAAUGGCAAUGGCUCCGCUCCAUUCACCAUUCCCCGCUCCCAUUCACGUCUAGCCCACCCAUUCUUACUUCUAAGAAAUUUAUUUCGUCAUCUUUAUUGUAA